GUAUCUAUGGCGGUGGUUAUGGUGGCAGGCAGUUGCAGUGGAGGGCGGAGGGUGGUGGUUAUUUGUUAGUUGGCGCGCGGUGCCAUGGCUUUCAAGGUCCCACGUACGCCUGUCAAUAGGUCAGAAGAAAGAUUGUUGGGAAAGAAAUGUGUCUGCUUCGAGGAGGAUGGGAGAAGAGCCGAUGCGGACAAACUCAUGCUGCUCAUGCUGCUGACGUCGAAGAAGGAAGAAGAUUGACGUGCGCUGGAGUCAUGUGCGACUGGGUUAGAGAAGAAACACAAGGAAUGAGCGAUAGGAUCUCGUCCUCAGAGGACUGCUCCUUUGGGGAUUCCAACUCAUCUUCCUCGACCGGGUCUUCUUCUCCUAAAUCUACGCCCGGUCAGGUUCCGAACUCCAUUCCCGACCCGCAUCCCGUAAAUCAGGUGCCCGGUGAAACUUUCGUGGGGAGGGAUGACCCGGUUGAUGACGAACUGGGCCCCUAUGACCCUGAAUGCGAAACCCGGGACGCGUGGGAGGAGCGGCUUCAUGCUGCCGGUUACUUUCCGCUUCCCACCUUCUACGUCCUUGACAUCCCCUCCCGUGUAUCCAAAAUCACCCUGAACAAAAUUCGUAGGAGGCUCCCGGACGGGUAUACCCUUCUAUACGAACCCAACUGGCCCAAUAUUGUCGAACCCCACCGGGAGGACAGGAUAGGAUUCCACACCAUUUCCCUGGAUGCGGGCAUAGUUUUUCCCCUUCGCCCCCUCCUAACCGAAGAAGUCCCCCAGAGUAACCGGGGAUGGAAGGAAAAGUUUGUUUUCAUCGAGUUUCCCCCCUUCUUCACUCCUCUGGCCGGUCUGAAAUGGAAUGACCAUCUCCUUGACCAAGAGUACGCUGCACCGGCUUCCUCCCCUGACUUGGAGGCGAGUCUUGAAGUCCUCAUGCGCGGGGAUCCUUACACCGGAAGGGUCUUCCACUAUGGCAGCUGGGUCUGGAGGGUCGAGUCGGGUGGUGAGGGUACCUCCCCGGCCCAUGAAGCAGCGGGGCGCAGGGUACCCUCCCCGGGCAACACUGCAGAGGCUGAGGGCCAGAACCACCCAGAUAUGGAGUUUGAAGAGUUUGCCAUCCCUGAUGACCAACCGGCGGGGGAGACCGGGGGCUCCCAAGCCAACCCUUCCAAAACCUUCCCGGUCCACCAGGAGACCGUGGAGAUUUUGGAUGAGGACGAACCCCAAGACAACCGGUCCAAGGGGAAGGAGAAAGAUAAAACCGGUCGCCGGACAAGGAAGGUGGCCACCACGCACCCAUCUUACGCCAAGAAGAGGGCAAGAUCGGAUUCUGAGCCGGCUGGCCAGACCGUCGAGGAGGCCUUCGUCAACCUUGGGCUGAGGCUGAGGGAGGUUGGAGAAAUCGGCCCCCUUACAGCUGACCGGCUGGGGUUUGGCUCUUCUUCGGAACUUGCCCGGCUGAAGAAGGAGAAAGAGGAGAUGGCUCUCAUCUUGAAGAGUCAAGCUGACGAGCUGACCAGGCUGUCUGGGCUAGCCGGGUCUAUGAAGGUGGAGAUCUCUCAGUUGAAGGAAGAAAACUGCCGGUUACUCGACGAGGUUUCUGGGGCGAAGCAGGAGAUAUCCCAGAAGGAGAAAGACUUCCCCGGUCGUGCUGCCGCAUGGGUGGGAGAGAACAAGGCUGAAGCCGCCCGGGUGAUGACGGCUAGCCCGGAAGCUACCAUGGAGUCCUUCAGGCUUCUUUACCGGGAGCCUGAGGGGAAGAAGAUGAUCACCGCUAUUUGGAAUAGUUCUGUUGGCGUUUUCGACUUGGCCAUUUCCUUGGGGGAUCUCUACCCGGGCAAGUUUCGAAACAUGCUCGGGAGCAUACUGCGUCAAUUUGGAGAGAAGGUCUGCAUCCGCGUUCUCCGCCCGGGGAAUCUGGGCGAUCUUGAAUUCUUCGAAGCCUUUCAACAGGGCAAGUACAAGGUCCUUGUAUUGUGCCAUGCGUCCUUCCCUUGCUUCCAUGUUACCGGUCACCUGCCCUACUAUCAGGCUAGAGUCAGAUUUGAUACUGGCCCGGCUGAUUUUCAGGGCUUGGGCAAGUCUGAGCCCUCCAGCCAGAGCUUCAUAUUCCGCCUCAUUGUUCGUCAGCUUGAAGUUGAAGACGAUUGCAUGGUAGAUCUUGAAUCCUUCUGGUGUGGUGAACACGAUACCACCCCCGCAUCCUCUAGGACCAGAUGCCCCAUCAACUGCCAUCUCCCACCAUUGCUCAAUGGGCUUGUUGACCGGCUAAGGGGACAGGACCACGUGCGCCCACGUGGGGGCAUGCUGCUGAUGUGGUGCGAGGUGACUGGUUUCGUCCUCAAGCUGCCUUGUCGCCUUGUGAAGGGGAUCAUUCCCUUUGUCAAGUAGUGCCUUGGAUGGAUCCUUCAGCAUCUCCAGUUGUCCUCUACUGACACGGGUCGCUACACGCCAAGCCCUCGCAGAUCCUCUUCUGCCGACACUUUCCAACCUCAGAAACUACACCGGGUAAUCUCCGAGAGGUGAAUUCAUCGAAGUCUGGAAUAAACAGGAUGAUAACGU